CAAGUGAUUUAUUGCAGCUCGGCUCUUCCCAAACCCAGCUGAAUUUACCCUUGGGUUCCCUUCUCUUUCGAAGCCACUCUCUUUGCUAACCUCCUUUGUGAUAGUUUGGUGGUGAGGGUAAAAUUUGCAGAAGAUGUCAAGCAUCAUACUUUUUGAGGAUAUUUUUGUGGUUGACAAGCUUGACCCAGAUGGUAAAAAGUUUGAUAAAGUUACUCGUAUUGAAGCACGGAGCCAGAAUUGUGACAUGUUCAUGCACCUAGAUGUGAAUACAGAGAUAUAUCCUAUGCAUGUUGGUGACAAAUUCACAAUGGCGUUGGCUCAUACAUUGAAUUUGGAUGGAACACCUGACACGGGCUUUUACACUCCGGGGAGGAAGUCUCUUGCAGAUAAGUAUGAGUAUGUCAUGCAUGGGAAGCUAUACAAGAUAUCAGAUGAUGCUUCGGGGAAAGGACUUAAAGCGGAGAUCUAUGUUUCAUAUGGUGGGCUUUUGAUGCUGCUCAGGGGAGAAGCUUCUCAUGUCGCCCACUUUGAACUUGACCAGAGACUAUUUCUUCUCAUGAGGAAGCUGUGAUCCGACAUUUCUCUUUAAUUUUGCUGAAUUAUGUGGUCUUCUGGGCGGUUCUAUGGUAGUAUAAAAGUGACUCUUCCUGGCAGAGACUGGUGUAAUAUUGAAUUUCCUGCAGACUAUGCUUUAACCAAUUUAGUAAUGGAGUUGUUGUGGAAUGGCACCGCUACUUGGGUUGGAAAUGGCUGUCUUGACAGUCCAACCGUUUAUCAACUCUUGCAACUGUGUGGUAAUUUUAUUGAAGCUGUUGUUAUAUUCCAUAAAAAUGACAAUGCUAUGUACUUCUGUUAGACCAAA